AUGGCGCUGCCAAAUACACCUCCAAAGGACUAUAAAACGCCGCGCUUCCCGUCCUUGAACGUCCAGACUCUGUAUGACACCACCGACAACAAACAAUUCACACUGUUCUACAUCUUGGACGUUUGGCGCUUCACGCUACUAUGGACCCUCAUCAUAUACGCAGUUUUCCAUAUGGGCGCGGUGCUAGUCGCUAUGUUCACCCACGGCUGGAAGAAAUCAUCAUGGCGAUACCUUUGGGCGAUACCCGUCAUCUAUCUUGUUAUGGCCGGACUUGAGGCUGUCAUGGCUGGCAGCAUCGUUGGUUUAUUGCUGGGCGCUGUCUACUCUGCUGGAUACUACGAGAUGAAUACUUGGAUUCCCUGCACAUGGGGAUUUAUCAACGUGCUCGUACUCAUCAUUUCCUCCUUCUCGAUUCAAGGAGGGCUUUGA